UUAAAUUCUAAUUAGAGAUGCAGGAAUCAAUGAUAGGGAGGUUGGACAGCUCAGUUCCCCAGUGCCAGCCCAAUAGACGGAUGAGUUAUUGUCAUGUAAAAAGCGCCAGCAAUAAGACCAACCGCUUUGCUAUUGUCCAAGUGGAAAGAGCCAAGUUUAUUAUGAGGACUAUAUGCUCUAGAGACCUCAGACAAGGCAUCUCAUAGGAGGCUUUUUCAUAAAACUAGGCUCUGCUGGUAGUAAGGAGGCCAGUUUGGAGGCAGGCGUUGAGCUGUGCACAUCUCCCCUCUCCAGCCACCUUCUCCAUAUCCAUCUUUUAUUUCAUUUUUCCACUUGGCUGAGCCAUCUAGAACCUUUUCAAUGUAUAAAAUGGAAUAUUCUUACCUCAAUUCCUCUGCCUACGAGUCCUGUAUGGCUGGGAUGGACACCUCGAGCCUGGCUUCAGCCUAUGCUGACUUCAGUUCCUGCAGCCAGGCCAGUGGCUUCCAGUAUAACCCGAUAAGGACCACUUUUGGGGCCACGUCCGGCUGCCCGUCCCUCACACCGGGAUCCUGCAGCCUCGGCACCCUCAGGGACCACCAGAGCAGUCCGUACGCCGCAGUUCCUUACAAACUCUUCACCGACCACGGCGGCCUCAACGAGAAACGCAAGCAGCGGCGCAUCCGCACCACUUUCACAAGUGCGCAGCUCAAAGAGCUGGAGAGGGUCUUCGCUGAGACUCACUAUCCGGACAUCUACACCCGGGAGGAGUUAGCCCUGAAGAUCGACCUCACAGAGGCGCGAGUCCAGGUGUGGUUCCAGAACCGCCGCGCCAAGUUUCGCAAGCAGGAGCGCGCAGCAGCUGCUGCAGCGGCCGCAGCCAAGAACGGCUCCUCGGGAAAAAAGUCUGAUUCCUCCCGGGACGACGAGAGCAAAGAGGCCAAGAGCACCGACCCGGACAGCACUGGGGGCCCGGGCCCCAAUCCCAACCCCACCCCCAGCUGCGGGGCGAGUGGCGGCGGUGGCGGCGGGCCCAGCCCGGCGGGAGCUCCUGGAGCAGCCGGGCCGGGGGGCCCGGGAGGCGAACCCGGCAAGGGCGGCGCUGCGGCGGCGGCGGCGGCGGCUGCGGCCGCUGCAGCAGCUGCGGCGGCAGCGGCGGCGGGAGGCCUGGCUGCGGCCGGGGGGCCUGGACAAGGCUGGGCUCCCGGCCCCGGCCCCAUCACCUCCAUCCCAGAUUCGCUCGGUGGCCCCUUCGCCAGCGUCCUAUCUUCACUCCAAAGACCCAACGGUGCCAAAGCCGCCUUAGUGAAGAGCAGUAUGUUCUGAUCUGGGAUCCAGCGGCGGCGGCGGCGGCGACAGCGCGAGAGCCAGGGUCCGGGCGGGCGAGUGGGCGAGCGGGUAGGCCCAAGGCUAUUGUUGUCGCUGCUGCUGUGGCUUUUUCAUCGAGGGCCUAAAAUAAUCGCGAUACGAAUAACGAGCAAAUGACGUUGCCCCUAUUUCAACCCCACUCCUACCCCCUUCCUCACCCCCAAACAAAACAAAACAAAACGAAAGGAAAAACUUCUCUGGCUUCGCACCCGCCUGUGGCUGGCCGCGCAGAGGCCAGGGCUCAGCCUGCUAAGUGGGGGGUGUGAGCAGGCGGACUGGACUCGGGGGGCGCUCUCAGGGGGCUGUGUCUGCGUGUUGGGUGUAUGUCGGUCUCGGGGAAUGUGUGUCUGUGGCCCGAGCAGGUGACAGGGAGAGAUGGGAGGGCCACAACCAACUCUAUGACUUGCUUAGAAAAAA